AUGGCGACGGCAGUGGCAGGAGCAGCAGCGGCGGGAGGAGGAGGAGGAGGAGGAAAGAAGAGGCGACCCCGCGGCUGUCCCCGCCGCCCCCGCGCCCUCGGCUCCCGGUAACCUCCGGCCCCUCUCACCUGCAGCUCGGCCCUCUCGGCCUCCCAGCGGCUCUUCUCGGCCUCGAAGCGCGCCCACUCGUGCUGGAUGAAGUGCAGGAUGCCCGGCAGGCUCAGCUCGCCGCGGCCGGGGCCGCCCUGAGAGGCCGCCGCCGUGCCUUGCUGAGGCGGCGGCGGAGGGGGCGGCUGAGGCGGCUGGUCUCCCGCCGCCGCGGCCAGCGCCUGCUGGUGCAGCUGCUGGGCCCGCGCCGCCACCCGCUCGGCCUCCAUCGGGGAUCCGGCCGGCUGCGGCUGAGGAGGAGGCGGCGGCGGCGGCGACGGGGAGGAGGAGGAGGAGGAGCACGACGACGACGACGAGGAGGAGGAGGGCGGCGGCGGAGGAGGUGGUGGCGGCGGCGGCUGUUGCUGCUGCUGCCACAUAGUGAGCCCGCCGCGCGCGGGGGGAGGGAGGAGGAGGGCGGGCGGCGGGAAGCGGGUCCCGGUCUGCGAGGGGAGGAGGCGGAGGAGGAGAGCGAGAGCGGGGGACAGAGAGGACGUGCGGGAGGGAGGAGCGGGGGCCACUUCCUGCCAAAUAGGGAGCCGACCAGGAAAUGCGGCCUAGGUCGGCUCGGGAGGCGCUCGCGGCUACUACGCCGCAGAAGAGUGUGAAGCCGGAGGGAGAGAGAGCGAGAGAGAAGGGAGGGGAGGCGUUUCCAUGGUGACUGGAGGGGUGGGCCGCAUCCUCCCUCUCUCUCUGAUCGCCGCCGCCUCCUAUUCCUGCUCCUCUCGCAGAAUUUGGGGGGGGGGUUGCCGUGGUAACCGGAGUAGGGUGGGGGGAGCGCGCGCCGCUCUAUCCUUCCCUGCGCGCGCAGGCUGCUCCCCACCCUCGUGCAACGUCCGCGCGCAGGGCCCCGACUCUAACCGCCCGCCCGUUCGAAAGAGAGCGGGCGAAGUCACCAUGGCAACGCGGCCUGCUACCUCGGGGCCUUCGGGAAAAGCCGCCCCCGAGCAGGGCGCCCACCGCCAGCACCUUAGCAACCGGCUGCCGUCAUCCCUCCUCUUCCUCCUCCUCCUCCUCCUCGGGAGGAUAGACAGGGUGGCAACAUACACUCCCCCCCUCCCCCCAUGAAGUGAAAUUAAAUUUAAAAGGACGUGACAGAUCUGAGUGGGAUUGCAUUGGGGGCACGCAGAAGCCUAUUUGGGUGCGGGGUGGGUGGGUGUGAAGGGUAAAGUAGAAGAGGGACGGUGUGGUGUAGUGGUUAGAGGACUGUGGCAUGGGAGACCAGGGUUCACUGGGAGAGGCCUGGCGACUGAGGGGGUGCCCCUCUCAGCCUACCUCGCAGGGUUCUUGUGAGGAUGAAACGGGGAGGAUGAGGGCUGUGAGUGCCGCCUUAAGCACCUUGGUGGAAAGCUGGGGUGCAGUUGCAAUAGGUAAAGGGACCCCUGACCAUUAGGUCCAGUCGUGACCCACUCUGGGGUUGCGGCGCUCAUCUCGCUUUAUUGGCCGUGGGAGCCGGCAUACAGCUUCCGGGUCAUGUGGCCAGCAUGACUAAGCCGCUUCUGGCGAACCAGAGCAGCGCACGGAAACGCCGUUUACCUUCCCGCCAGAGCGGUACCUAUUUACCUACUUGCACUUUGACGUGCUUUCGAACUGCUAGGUGGGCAGGAGCAGGGACCGAGCAACGGGAGCUCACCCCGUCGCGGGGAUUCGAACCGCCGACUUUCUGAUCGGCAAGUCCUAGGCUCUGUGGUUUAACCCACAGCGCCACCUGUGUGCAAUAAAUAAGCCAUAUAAUAAAUAAGCAGGUUGUUGCCAAGGAGUGAGGAAGGUGUGCAAGUUCAGCCAAGGUGUCCUCUCAGAAGGGCCUGUGGUCAGGGGUGGCUAUUUCUGCUGUUGCCACUGUAUUAAACGUCAUCAUCAUUGCCAUUUGUUAUUGUUAUCUUUUAAAGCAACAUCCAUGCGCACAGCGCUUUGCUGACUGGAAGAGGGCAGGGACAUGCCCAAAGGUCUCCUGCUCCCUCAGUCUGAAUUCAUUGCAUAUUCCUGCCCCUUCCUCUCUGGUCUCCAUUGCAUUGUGACAACGAUUAGACUCGCCCCAAGCACCACCAUAAUGUAACAACAGCUGUCCUUAAGAAGUGGUGCUUUCGUUGAGAUUCCUGCCUUGCAGGGGGUUGGGCUGGAUGACCCUUGGGUUCCCUUCCAGCUCUGCAAUUCUACGUGAAUUGAUGAGUGCUGCAAGUCCCGUUCCCUUCUUAAAGAAUGGUUUGUCAAAAAGGCUACUGUCAAAUAAUCUUUAAAGUGCCUGUAAACCCUCCAUGCUUUCCAUGUUUGCUUUCAAAAUGAUAGAUAUCAGGGCUCAAGUGUGCCUGAACAACUCCCAGAUGCCUGGGGGAGUAGGGUGUGAUGACAGUCUGCACAUACUCAGAGACAUUAUCUUCCUGCUUCCUCUGCCUGUCUUUGCAUAGAAAACAGGAGCUGGGCUCAAGGCGUAGCUCAAACUGAGCCCAAGGAACAACUCCUGCAGUGGGGGGGGUCCUUUUAUUCUGGGGACCCCACAAUUUGCUAAGGGUGCAGCCUGAUCUGAAUUUCAUAGGUGUGUGUCUUUUUAAAAAUCCUUACUACACUCUUCCAGUACACUGGAAUAGUACCUGAGCUUGAUAAAAUGGGGAUGGGAAGGACCAUGUUUGCUGCCCCUUGAUUUCCUUGGAGGACAUAAAAUGGCAAUUAUUUACCAAUGUGGAAGAAAGUGAAGGGGUAUACUCUUGGGGUUAGCAUUGGGCCAGUGACCAAAUUUGUUCCCUGCACCCCAUUCAUUGAGAAUCAAGCCUCCGUCUGCACAGCAUAGCAAGAUGGUGAUGAGUGUUAACUCUGCUAUUAUGGAAAAGAAACCUGAUCUUUUUUGUUUGUGUUUUUUCUCCUCCUGAGUAAGCGGCCUUCCCCCAAAGGAAGCUUUCUUGUCCCAGCCCCCCCCCAUUUGUCUACAGAGGGAGGAGGGUUACAGAGCAACGAUUGUCCCUUUACAAACACAAGCCUUGAUCCCUCCAGGGAAAUGAGCAAGCUUGAUCUAAAUAAGAUUAAAUAAGGCAGCCCCUCCUGUUCUCCUGGCCCAUCUGCCACGCCAGGAAGAUUAGUGGGUUUAAAAAUAAAUUAAAAAGACAUAUGUUGAGGGGUUGCACUCAUUAGCGCUACUCUUUUGUUGGCUUCCCUGCUGCUGGUGGUUAAUGCCCAACACGAGCCUUGAUGCUUGCACACGCCUGAAAGCAUGUUGGCAUUUUCUGGCGGCGCUACCGUUCUCCAGGCGGCGCUGUUCCCAACACACCUCGCCAUUUACCCUGCUUGUGAAUUCUACUUCUGGCAUUUUGCAGUUCUUUUGGAAGGGCUGCUUGCAGUUCAUUGGCAAAGACUGCCUGUGGAAUUCACCUGCCCUUAUUGUGAGAUCUGAAUGUGUUCCAUCUCAUGGCAGGUCACUUGAAUCCAUAUAUGAAGCCAGAGUCUAGAUAAGCACUGCAUGCUCUGGCCAGCAGAAACACUCCAAAGUCUCGGGCAAAGUCAUUUCCCAACUCCCACUGGAGUUGCCAGGGUCUGAAUCUCGGACUUCCAGAGCAUGGGCUCUGCUACUGAGUGAUGGUCCCUCCAUAUUUUUAACAGCAGUUCAUGGCCACUGAGCCUAAUGGACAGGGGUGCCAACUUGAAUAAAAUAUGAGAGGGCAGGUAAGCCCCACUCUAUAAUUGAUCACAUCAACUUGGUGGGGGGGUUCAGCCCCCUCAAAUACUUUAUUGGGCAGCUAGAAGUUGUCUCCUAUGAAUGGCUAUGUUCUACCAUUGGAGGCAGUAUGCUUCUGGAAACAUCACAAGAGGAGAGUGCUUUUAUUCUUGGGUCCUGCUUAUGCGCUUCCCAUAGGCAUUUAGCUGGCAUGUGUGAGAACAGAAUGUUGGGCUAUGAUGGCCUGAUUCAGUAGGCUCCUCUAUUGUUCUUACGGUUUUCUGGAUAUAAUGGCUCCACAGGUUCCCCAUCCUUCACUCAAGAACACUUCUUCUUUGUGCUGGUGACACGCCAAAGUCUGGAUUGCCUAGAGCGCUGCGUUCUGGGGCGCAACAGUGUGUGUGUGUGUGAGAGAGAGAGAAGAGCUAAACUAAUUCAGUAAUGAAAAGCUGCUGUGUACCCACAGAAUUGGCUGCCCGUUGCUUCUCUGCAUGAAUUGUUGUUCUGAACUUGCCUCCUACCAAACAUUUGUUGUUCUACGGUGCAGAAGAAUUCUGUUUCAGCUAUGCACCAGGUGCAAUUGGAUCAUUGCUCAUGCCCCGUAAGGAGGAACCACAGAAUGACUUGCUCUCAGAACAGCCUGCCCUAAAUGUGUCUCCAUCUUGACAUGCGCCCCAGUGCCAUGACUCUUGCAGAAACAGAGAGGUGGGUUUUUCUGUGGGAAGACAGUAAGACCCUCUAACAGGAAAUCAUUUUAGGUAAAAAGUUUGCUUUUGGUCUCAGAAGUUUGGAGUAAUCUAUUUAUUUAGUCGUUUAGUCGUGUCCGACUCUUCGUGACCCCAUGGACCAGAGCGCUAUAGCUGAUGGUAAAAUGUAUUUCCUAAAUGUACCAUCUUUUGAUUAUUUCUUCCCCCUGGUUUCCAGGUAAACUAAAUUUGGAUGGAUGAAUCUGGAACUGCGAGACUCUCUGUGGGCCAGAGACAAGAGUUCUUCCAAACUCUCCCUGCGCUCGCAAGAUGUGCAUCACCUUCUGCCAAGGCGUGCUUGCUGUUGCCAUCGCCAUAAACUUACUGAUCCUUUUCUACAUCUCGAGGCUGCAGCAGCGUGUCUUGCACCGCCACAGGGACCACCCGCACCCCAGUGCCCACCAGCCCCGUGGCCUGCUGAGGUCAGGCGUGACCGUCCUCAUCAGGGAGUUUGAAGACUUUGAAAACUACGUCCCCGACGUGGUGCGUCUCUUUGUGAAGCACAAGCCCGAGCUGCCCAUCGUGGUGGCGGCAGACCGAUUGCCUUAUCCUCCUAUGGUUCUCCCUGGCGCUCCCAACAUCCAGGUUGUCGUUCUCAAGCCAUCCCCUGACCAGCCUGCCCACGUCUCCAGGCCCGAGACCUACGUGAAGACGGAAUACGUGGCGCUGGUGCCAGAUGGGGUGAGGGUGGAUUCCGCAUCCCAGCUGGAGCGAAUGCUGGAGGAGUUCAAGGCCAGCCAAGCUCAGGUGCAGAUGGUGGCAGCUCCAGUGCAGUCGCUAGCUCCCCUCCAGUGCCUGAACCUCAAGGUGAACCUUAAAGAAUGGACGGCCGACUACACAGCAGCUCCGCCUUCCUCCAAGGUGUGUGCGGCCUUGAAAGGUGAGGCCGUCGUCCUCCUACGCACCAGGGACCUCUUCAACUUCUCCAUGCCCCUGGCCAAGCCCUUGCUGACUUCCCUCUUCAUCCAGGCCUCCCUGCGGGGAUGGGCCGUCCGCCUGCUCGACGUUUCCUUCUCGGCGCUCCACCAGCCUCUGCUCACCUCCUCCCACAACCAGUGGAAAGCCGACAACCUGGCCAAGGCCAACCGCCUGCAGCUCUUCCGCGACUUUGGCAUCAAGCGGGUGGUCCUGGAGGACGGCAAGGAGCAGUGGUUUGGCUGCGGCAAGGAGACGCCCCGCUGCUUCGGCACCAUCCGCGAUGACACGCCGGAAUACCUCUACCAGAACCGGUGGACGCCGCCUUGCUGCCUCCGAGCCCUGAGGGAGACGGCCAAGUACGUCAUCGGCAUCCUGGAGGCGUCCGGAGUGCGCUACUGGCUGGAAGGGGGGACGCUCCUGGGAGCCGCCCGCCACCAAGACAUCAUCCCGUGGGAUUACGACGUGGAUCUGGGCGUCUACCUGGAAGACAUCCCCAACUGCGAGCUGCUCCGGAGUGCCGAUUCCGGCUCCAUCGUGGACGAGAAGGGCUUUGUCUGGGAGAAAGCCAUCGAGGGGGACUUCUACCGGGUGCAGUACAGCGAGCGCAACCACUUGCACGUCGACCUGUGGCCCUUCUACCCCAAGAACGGCGUGAUGACCAAGGACACGUGGAUGGACCACCGGCAGGACAUUGAGUUCCCGGAGCAUUUCCUGAAACCGUUGGUCCCCAUCCCGUUUGCCGGCUUCCUGGCUAUGGCGCCCAAUGAUUACUGGAGCUUCCUGGAGCUGAAGUUUGGAGAAGGGGUGAUUGAAAACCCAGAAUAUCCAAACCCAGCUGUAAAGAGCAUGGAGAAGGGAAAGUGAAAGAGCCCUCGUGAAGGCCCAAGCCUUAAAAGGAGAGGUUCUCAAGUAUCUCAGAGCUGAGAGCUUUCCUUCCUUGAACUCUUGAUGCCAUGCAAAUGAUUAUGCAGUCAGGUGAUUCACCUGCCCGUUACAGGUACCUCGGUGUCUUGUCCAUACUGGAGGAGAUGUUUGCAACAGUGAAUUGUUUCACGGUAGCAGCACUGAAUGUACAUUCUGCCUUUCUGGAUCAGAUCAAAGGCCCAUCUAGCCCAGCAUUCUGUUUCUGAUGGCAGCCAGACAGGUGCGUCUGGGAAGGUCACAGUCAGGGCAUGAAGGUAAUGGCUCUUUGCUGUUGUUGGUUCCCAGCAGCAGAAGUAGACUACCUUGGUGCUCGAAGGUUUCAUUUUGCUGAUCCAUAGCAAACAGAACCCUUUGAAAACGGAAAGGCUAGGGACGACCAUUGUUUCAGCGUUGCCUUUCAAAGUACAAGGGUCUCUUACGUCACCCCAGGAAGAAAAAUCCCCCCCCCCCCCCGCUGUCGACAGCUGGUUGUUUCAGCAGGAGUCACGCAACAGAGCAAGCAGCUGCAGUGGCUUUCACAAAGCAGUCAUUUUCCAGAGAGGUAGCUGUGUUAGACUGUUGCUGCAAAAAAAAUCAGUGAGUCUUGUGGCACCUCAAGGACUAGCAAAUUCAGUGCGGUCAGUUAUUUUGUGACUGAAAGACGAGACUGCUUAGGAUUCAGCGUCCCGCUUCCUCAAAACUGUCCAGGAGGAAUUUGAUAAGGAGAUCAUACCGCCAGCCAAAUAAGGAAAGCAUCAGAAGCAGGUUCUACAGGAGAAAGGCAGAUGCUGAGAAUCGGACAGGCAGCUCCUAUAAGUACAGUGGUACCUCGGGUUACAGACGCUUCAGGUCACAGACGCUUCAGGUUACAGACUCCACUAACCCAGAAAUAGUACCUCGGGUUAAGAACUUUGCUUCAGGAUGAGAACAGAAAUUGCGGCGGGAGCGGGAGGCCCCAUUAGCUAAAGUGGUACCUCAGGUUAAGAACAGUUUCAGGUUAAGAACGGACCUCUGGAACAAAUUAAGUUCUUAACCCGAGGUACCACUGUAUAUGAAGAGCCCUGCAUCCUAUUUGUACCACAGUGGCCAAGGCCAUCAAGAUCCCUCUGGGAAGCAGGCAGAAAGUAGGUAGAAAAUAAAUGGCCAGGGCUUCAGUAAGGGAAAAGAAUUAGCACUGCUGGUGUGGUACACCCUUUGAAGUCAGACAGAAAGCAUUCACAGAGUCAUGAAUUGCAAAUUCUAAAUCCUCAUAUUCUGCCCACUUACUGGUAGAUUGGAAUGCAGGAAGCGCCUGUCUCACUGCAGCUGCUGCUCCUCACUGAAGCUAGGCUGGCUGUAGCACGAGGGGGUCAGGUUUUAAGGGGACCAGUAGACUUUUAUUUCAAACAGGAUGUGGGGGACUAGAUCACACUGUUUUGAAUGCUCAAGUGAAGUCAGCGGGGCAUGCCCCAAAGGAGGUAAGCUGAGGAUUGCAGCUGUGCUCUAGCAACCUUCCUGCAGAGAUGCCAUUGGUGCAAAUGUAGCAAGGAGACAACUGCAGCAUAGAUGCGAGGAUCUUGCCUUGUAGAAUUCAGAACUGGGGGGGGAGGCGCUAUCCCUCUAACCACUGCUUGGUUCUGCUGCUGCAAACUGAUAUUAAUUGGAUUUUAUCUAACUGGGAGCCAAUGCAGAUCUCUCAGGACCAGUGUUAUAUGGUCCCGGUGGCCACUCCCAGUCACCAGUCUAGCUGCCACAUUCUGGAUUAAUUGCAGUUUCCGGGUCACCUUCAAAGGUAGCCCCACGUAGAGCACAUUGCAGUAGUCUAAGCGGGAGAUAACCAGAGCAUGCACCACUCUGGUGAGACAGUCUGCAGGUAGGUAGGGUCUCAACCUACGUACCAGAUGGAGCUGAUAAAUAGCUGCCCUGGAUACAGAAUUGACCUUCGCCUCCAUGGACAGCUGUGAGUCCAAAAUGACUCCCAGGCUGCGCACCUGGUCCUUCAGGGGCACAGUUACCCCAUUCAGGACCAGGGAGUCCCCCACACCCACCCGCCCCCUGUCCCCCAAAACAGUCCUUCUGUCUUGUCAGGAUUCAACCUCUGUUAGCCACCAUCCAUCCUCCAACCGCCUCCAGGCACUCACAGGACCUUCACCGCCUUCACUGGUUCCGAUUUGAAAGAGGUAGAGCUGGGUAUCAUCUGCAUACUGAUAAACACCCAGCCCAAACCCCCUGAUGCUCUCUCCUAGUGGCUUCAUAUAGAUAUUAAAAAGCAUGGGGGAGAGGACAGAACCCUGAGGCACCCCACAAGUGAGAGCCCAGGGGUCUGAACACUCUCCCCCAACACCACUUUCUGGACACGGCCCAGGAGAAAGGAGCGGAACCACUGUAAUAAAUAAAACCAGCAAUGCACUAUAAAAUACCGGCCUCCAAAUGUUAAAAUCUGACGACAAGAUAUGGCUAAAGCCUUCGGUCCACCAAGCACCCCUCAAGAGAAGGCCAAGGAAAUGGGGAUGGGCCGUGGCCUAGUGGGAGAGCACUUGCCUUGCAUGCAGAAGGUGUCAGGUUCAAUCCCCAAGGGGAUUCAGACCCCUGCCUGAAACCCAGAAGACCCGAUGCUGCCAGUCAGUGUAGACAAGGCUGAGCUACAUGGACCAGUCGUCUGAUAAGGCACCUUUGUUAUGUUCCUAGGUGCAUCUUCGGAGCUUUCUAAAAGGCCUCUGGUGAUGGGGUUUGUCAGGCCUCCAAUGGUGGCCAGAUAUUCUAGAGACAAGGGGCCGUUGCAAAGACAUAAAGGCAACUCUCCAUUUAUGUGGGGGUUACGUUCUGAGGCAUCGCGCCUUUAAUAAGUGAAAUCACAUAUACCGUAUUCUUUGCUCUAUAGGACGCACUUUUCCCCCUCCAAAAAUGAAGGGGAAAUGUGUGUGCGUCCUAUGGAGCGAAUGCAGGCUUUCGCUGAAGCCUGGAGAGCGAGAGGGGUCAGGGGUCGGUGUGCACCAACCCCUCUUGCUCUCCAGGCUUCAGGCAGCUAUCUGCAAGCCUUCUGAGCACAGCGGGAAUUCCCAUGGGCUCCGAAGGCUUGCGGAUAGCAGCCUGUUCUGGGGGCUGGGGUGGGGGGAAGCUCAGGCUUACCUGAGCUCUGGGAGCGGCGACGAGGUUGCGCGCAAUCUUGCCGCCGCUCCUGGACCUGUUCUGGGGGGGGGGAAUACUUUUUUUUUCUUUAUUCCCCCCCCCUAAAAACUAGGUGCGCCCUAUGGUCCGGUGCGCCCUAUGGAGCGAAAAAUACGGUAUUUGAAACACGCUGAAAAAGCCUGCAAGUACGCCUUCUUGCCCCUUUCCACUACAGUUUUGUGGCGUUUUCAGGUCAAUUCUGCGUUCAGCGCGUAUAUGUGAUCGCACAUAUAUUGAGCGUGCAUAAAUGGGGGGGUGCCUGUAUACCCUUGCCUGGCAGGGUGGGUGGUGGCAGAGUUGCAACCCACCCACUCCCAUAGGAAAUAGACUCAUUCUGCUGUCAUUUGUGCAGACACCUCACUUCCCCUCACUGAAAGUCGUUGACAGGGC